GUUGAAGAGCUUACUGACUUGAAUGAAUUUAUCAAACUUCACAAGAUUUAUGAAAUACCGAGCAAUCAUACUUGCUAUUGGAUUAAGAAUAACAUUGACCUGCUUCAAAUAUAUGCUGAUCUGUCAAUCUUGCUUGCUGAAACCAAGACUCCUCCCUGGAAAGCGGCUUUCGGAGCAGCUGUAUCGAAUCUCUUUAGGUCGAGGAUAAAUAAAAUGGAUUAUAUCACUCAAGCUACUGAAAACCUGAAUAUCUCCGAUGGCGAUCUUGAUAAUAUGACAAUUUCCCUACAACGUGAAUCGUUUCAUGGAGUAGGAAUGGUAUUUCCAGUAGUAGAUCGUAAAUGUUAUUUGGAAAUAUUCCUUAUUAUAGUCAAUGUUCAGAAGAUCUUUUUCCAAGAAGUCGAUCAUAUAGUUCAGACAUUGACUGAUAAUGAAUUGACCG